GAGGCGCCUGCGCAGCUUUUUGCGGCCCCGCCCUGCGUGCCUAUCUCCCAUCGUCCUAAGCGCUGCUUUCCCGCCAGGACGACGCUGAAGCGGUUUUCUUUCCCUUCUUCGUCGCCUCUGCCCUCGAUUUGAGCCACUGCUGCCAGUUUUUACAUCCAUCACCCCAUCAUGCAGCGUGAGCCUGGGAAAAAGAAGUCUGAAAAGCGGCUGUUUGACGCCGUGUCCUUCGGGAAGGACCUGCUGGCUGGCGGGGUCGCGGCGGCUGUGUCCAAGACGGCGGUGGCGCCCAUCGAGCGGGUGAAGCUGCUGCUGCAGGUGCAGGCCUCUUCGAAGCAGAUCAGCCCCGAGGCGCAGUACAAAGGCAUGGUGGACUGCCUGGUGCGGAUUCCCCGAGAGCAGGGUUUCUUCAGUUAUUGGCGUGGCAAUUUGGCAAAUGUUAUUCGGUAUUUUCCAACACAAGCUCUAAACUUUGCUUUUAAGGACAAAUAUAAACAACUAUUCAUGUCUGGAGUUAAUAAAGAAAAACAGUUCUGGAGGUGGUUUUUGGCAAACCUGGCUUCUGGUGGAGCUGCUGGAGCAACAUCCUUAUGUGUAGUCUAUCCUCUAGAUUUUGCCCGAACCCGAUUAGGUGUCGAUAUCGGAAAAGGUCCUGAAGAGCGACAGUUCAAGGGUCUAGGAGACUGUAUUAUGAAAAUUGCAAAAUCAGAUGGAAUUAUUGGUUUAUACCAAGGGUUUGGUGUUUCAGUUCAGGGUAUCAUUGUAUACCGAGCCUCUUAUUUUGGAGCUUAUGACACAGUUAAGGGCUUACUGCCAAAACCAAAGGAAACCCCAUUUCUUAUCUCCUUUUUUAUUGCUCAAGUUGUGACUACAUGCUCUGGAAUACUUUCUUAUCCCUUUGACACAGUUAGAAGACGUAUGAUGAUGCAGAGUGGUGAGGCUGAACGGCAAUAUAAAGGAACCUUAGACUGCUUUGCGAAGAUAUACCAACAUGAGGGAAUCGGCGCAUUUUUUCGUGGUGCCUUCUCUAAUAUCCUUCGUGGUACAGGGGGUGCUUUGGUGUUGGUAUUAUAUGAUAAAAUUAAAGAAUUACUUAAUAUUGAUAUUGGAGGUGGUUCAUCAGGAGAUUAAAUUGAGAAAUGCAUGUAUUUAACUUAAACAUUCAAAUUACAUAGCUGCCCUUUAUAUACAUUUUGAUAGUGUGUUAUAACUGUCAGUAUUUUGUUAAAGUGCUAAUUCAGCAAUAAAAAGCAUAGGCUUUUUUCAAGGAUUUAAAUACUAAAAAUCAGAUAAAUGUGGGUUUUUUCCCACUUCGACUCAAACUCCUUUUAAUGAGACAUUUUACUUAUAAGUAGUAUAUUUUAUCUCUUGUUAGUUUAAAAUUCUUUUCUUGAGCCUUCUGGGAAAAAAAUUCUUUUAUGAUGAAAAAUUUAAAUGUAUGAUGCUGAAAUCUAAUAAAUGAAAAUAUCUUCUUCUAAAUUGCUAUUCUUUUAAUAUACCUGUUUUCCCAUCUUUUAAAAUCAUAUGGUAUGACAUAUUUCUUAAAAACUUAUCAAGAGAUGUCUUCAUUACAUCCUCAGGCAUAAAUAACAUUUCUUCUACAACAUCUUUUCUAAGACAGCUCAGAUAUUACUGUGUAUAUUAUUUAUGGUAUCAGAUAUUAUAUAGCUUUUGAUAGCACAGAUUAUAGACCUGAUCAUUAAAAAUUUGAUAAUGACUUAUAAAACUUAAUGGAAAAUAAAAGAUAUACAAUGGUUUAUCUGCUUAUCUUUAAAAUAAAUAAAAUUUUGCUAAUAUGAAUAUAUUGAAACAAAAAACA